AUGGGAGUGAAUUUUCGAUUCGUUAUCAGGAAAUGGAUUCGAGGGGUUCUUGUUCUGGUUCUGGUGGAAAAGCCACAAAGCACCAGGGGAUUACAGAGACGAAAGCUCAUUCGUGCGUUGUCACCAGGGUUGCUUCGCCAUGCAUCCGUUGCGCUCGAGUUUGACAGUUGUGAGAGGGAGGAGAAGGGUGAGGUAUUUGGGAAUAAAUAA